AUGUCUCUCUCUCUCUCUCUCUCUCUCUCUCUAAGGCAACUGGCUGAUACUGACCUCUGUAUAUACAGCCUACAUCUUGGACUGUCUUUUCAUCUUUUGGACUUUGUCUUUUCUCUUUGCUCUAUUUUUCUCUUUGCUCUCUUUUGCUCUAUUUCUCUUUUUUUCUCUUUCUCUUUUUCUCUUUUCCUCUUUUCUCUUUUUUUUCUCCUCUAUUUUCUUUUCCUCUAUUUUCUCUCUUUUUUCUCCUCUAUUUUCUCUCUCUUUUUUCCUUUCUCUAUUUUCUCUUUUCCUCUUUUCUCCUCUAUUUUUUCUCUCUUUUCCUCUUUUUCUCUAUUUUUUCUCUUUCCUCUAUUUUCUCUCUUUCCUCUAUUUUCUCUCUUUCCUCUAUUUUCUCUCUUUCCUCUAUUUUCUCUCUUUCCUCUAUUUUCUCUCUUUCCUCUAUUUUCUCUUUUCUCUCUCUCUCUUUCUGAUCUUUUUCUCCUCUCUCUUCCUCUCCCUUUCCUCUCUUUUUCCUCUCCUCCUUUUUUUUUGCAUAAUGAACCCAGAUAUGAAUUUGAGAUUGAUUUCACUCAACUCUUUUACACUUUCUUUUUUAGUUCACUCGCUCUUUACACUUUCUUUUUUACUAAGUUUACUUUCUUGCUUUUGCUUUACUCUUUACACUUUCUUCUUUUUUGUUUUUCUCGCUCUUUACACUUUCUUCUUUUAUUUACUCGCUCUUUACACUUUCUUCUUUUAGUUUACUUCUCUUUACUUUUCUUUUUGGUUACUUUCUUUUCUUUUUUAGUUUACUUUCGCUCUUUACACUUUCUUCUUUUAGUUUACUCGCUCUUUACACUUUCUUCUUUUAGUUUUACUCGCUCUUUUACUUUUUCUUCUUUUAGUUUACUUUCUUCUUUUAGUUUACACUUUCUUCUUUUAGUUUACUCGCUCUUUUACACUUCUUCUUUUGGUUUACUCGCUCUUUACACUUUCUUCUUUUACUCUUUACACUUUCUUCUUUUUAGUUUACCGCUCUUUACUUUUCUUUUUUUGAGUUUACUCGCUCUUUUUACACUUUCUUCUUUUUUUAGUUUACUCGCUCUUUACACUUUCUUCUUUUAUUUACUCGCUCUUUUACACUUUCUUCUUUUAGUUUACUCGCUCUUUACACUUUCUUCUUUUAGUUUUAGUUUACUUUCUUUUUUUUUUCUUCUUUACUUUCUUCUUUUAUUUACUCGCUCUUUACACUUUCUUCUUUUAGUUUACUCGCUCUUUACACUUUCUUCUUUUUUAGUUUACUCGCUCUUUACACUUUCUUCUUUUAGUUUACUAAGCUCUUUACACUUUCUUCUUUUAUUUACUCGCUCUUUUACUUUCUUCUUUUUAGUUUACUCGCUCUUUACACUUUCUUCUUUUAGUUUACUCGCUCUUUACACUUUCUUCUUUUUUUUAUUUACUUCUUUACACUUUCUUCUUUUGUUUACUCGCUCUUUUACACUUUCUUCUUUUAGUUUACUCGCUCUUUACACUUUCUUCUUUUUAUUUACUCGCUCUUUACACUUUCUUCUUUUAGUUUACUCGCUCUUUUUUACUUUCUUCUUUUUAGUUUACUCGCUCUUUACACUUUCUUCUUUUAGUUUACUCGCUCUUUACACUUUCUUCUUUUAUUUACUCGCUCUUUACACUUUCUUCUUUUUGAGUUUACUCGCUCUUUACACUUUCUUCUUUUAUUUACUACUCUCUUUACACUUUCUUCUUUUAUUUACUCGCUCUUUACACUUUCUUCUUUUAGUUUACUCGCUCUUUACACUUUCUUCUUUUAGUUUACUCGCUCUUUACACUUUCUUUUUUAGUUUACUUCUUUUACACUUUCUUUUUUUAGUUUACUCGCUCUUCUUCUUUUUUAGUUUACUCGCUCUUUUACACUUUCUUCUUUUAGUUUACUCGCUCUUUACACUUUCUUCUUUUAGUUUUACUCUUUACUUUCUUUUUUAUUUACUCGCUCUUUACACUUUCUUCUUUUUUUUUACUACUCCUCUUUUUUACACUUUUCUUCUUUUAGUUUACUCGCUCUUUACACUUUCUUCUUUUAGUUUACUCGCUCUUUACACUUUCUUCUUUUAG